AUGGAAAAGAAAUGGUGCCGGUGGAAAAAACGGGCUCCAGUCAAGAAGGAAACGCCAGCAGAGAAGAAAGGAAUGGUAGUCAAUGAAGAAGGUACCAGCCAGGAAUAUGGUUCCAAAAACCCAACAAAAGCAGCAGCGCAGCUUCCAUCGCAGGCGACUUCUGAGGACAAGAGAGAAGUGGCAGCCAGUCCAAAAGGUAUGCUGGAUGACGAUAAGCCCGUGCUUGUGUCUGGACCUGCGUGCCAGGAACUGGAAAUUAUCCGGGCCAAACGAUCACUUAACAGCGAUUACCAGCGCUGA